AAUAAACGGAUCUGCGCAUGCGCUACCGUGUACAGUUAGCUGCUACUUAUAACUGCGUUGUAUUUAUUUACAGGCGGGUUUUUGAAUAGUUAGCUAGUAUUUAUUUAUAUUAGCACAUAAUUGUUGACACUAAAACCAUGACAGAUGAGCAAGAAAUAAUGUGCAAAUUAGAAAAUAUAUUGGAAAUAAGGAACAAAACUCUCCAGCUGCAGAAGAUCAAAUCUAGGCUAAAAAGCGAGUUUGAAGCUCUUGAAGCCGAAGAGAAACACUUGAGAGAAUACAAGCAGGAGAUGGACCUGCUCCUUCAGGAGAAGAUGGCCCAUGUUGAGGAACUACGCCUGAUCCAUGCUGAUAUCAAUGUGAUGGAGAGCACCAUCAAGCAGUCAGAAAAUGAUCUAAACAAACUUUUGGAAACAACACGACGCCUCCAUGAUGAAUACAAGCCCCUAAAAGAGCAUGUUGAUGCUCUGAGAAUGACUCUUGGCCUGAACCGGCUGCCCAACCUUAACGAAGAAGAAGAGAGGCUUUCACUAGAUUACUUUGAGAAGCAGAAGGCUGAAUGGCAGAAAGAGCCACAUGAACCCAUCAUUCCUGAAUCUCUAGCAGCAGCCGCUGCUGCAGCUCAACAGCUUCAGGUCUCAAGAAAACAAGAUCCACGACAGCCUGCCACUUUCAGACAGCAGCCUCCACCCAUGAAGGCAUGCCUCUCUUGUCACCAGCAAAUUCAUCGCAAUGCACCUAUUUGUCCACUGUGUAAAGCAAAGAGUCGUUCUAGGAACCCCAAGAAACCCAAGAGGAAGCCUGAUGAGUAAAUCAAAUGGAAUUUAUUUUUACAUGUAAGAGUUUCCCUAUAGAGCCUUGUUUACUGUAAACCCUCCUGUAGUACCUUUUGUGUUGUGUAUUUGAUUUAAAUAUAUUAAACUUUAUAAGAUUUUGUUGGAAUCAUCCAUGCAAUAAUUUUGUUAGCAUUACUUUAAAAACCAUGUGUAAUGAUUUCUACUGCUCUAUUGUUUCUACUGGCAUUCAUUCUUUUUUGACAUUUUUAUCUAUUCAGUAAUAAAUGUAUUACCAAGUAAAAGUAAUAGAUAGUGUAGGUUGUUAUUAAACAUAAAUGGUAUUUGUCUUGUUCUGGUAGCAGAAACAUACAACUUGAAAUGGUUUAAAUUAGGAUAAAACAAUAGUUGUAGUAGUCAUACAUAAUGCUAAAGUUCUAGUCUUGCAUGUUCGGUGUUUUAAAAAAUUCAAGUAAUUAAUUUGUGAAUAGUUUGUUCAUUUAAUGAACAAAACCUGAUUAAAUACCUAGUCUCUGUUACAGAAAUGUGUUAAACAUUUAAUGUUUUUUAUAUUUCCAUUUUUAAUAUUUGUCAGAUGGUGUACUGUGCAUUUUAAUUGACAAAAAUAGGUUCUUCAAUAAAAUGUCAUGCAAUGA